AUGGCCUUAAUCGCCCCCGUGUCAGGCCUCGAUAUUGAGCGUGAUGCUGUCCAAAAUGCCUCGCUGGCCGGCAGCAUCGACACCAAUACAACGCCAGAUACCGAGUUCUCACCUCCAGAUAGCCCCUUUCAUCAAAGUGGCCCUCCUAAGAGCAAGAGGCUGUUAGCAAGACAAAAAGUAGCCACAUUGACCCAGGAAGAAAAGAUAUCUCUCCUGACAGCAGCAGACUUCUGGAGGACGAAAACAAUCCCUUCCAAGAAUAUUCCGGCUGUGAAGACAAGUGACGGGCCCAAUGGCGCCCGAGGCGGUAUAUUCGUUGGCGGUACAAAGGCCGCCCUAUUUCCUUGCGGCAUCUCGCUCGCAGCAACAUGGAACAAGGAUCUUCUUCACCAGGUCGGCCAGCAUCUUGCCGAAGAGGUCAAGGCUAGAUCGGCCAACAUCCUCCUCGCACCCACCGUUUGUCUCCAUAGACACCCGCUAGGAGGAAGGAACUUUGAGUCGUUCUCCGAAGACCCUCUCCUCACCGGCAAGCUGGCAGCACAGUACAUCCAGGGCCUGCAGGAAGGAGGGAUCGCUGCCACCGUCAAGCAUUUCGUUGGCAACGAGCAAGAGACAAACAGAUUAACCGUCAACUCGGUGAUAUCGGAACGGGCGCUUCGUGAGCUGUACCUGCGCCCAUUUGAGAUUGCUGUCCGCGAAGCAAAGCCUUGGGCAAUCAUGACAUCGUACAACCUCGUGAAUGGUGUUCACUCAGACAUGAAUAAAUUUAUCCUGAAGGACGUCCUCCGUGGGGAGUGGGGGUAUGAUGGUACUGUCAUCACAGACUGGACUGGCUUGAACUCGACGGCUGAGUCGCUCAAGGUCGGCUGCGAUAUCGAGUUUCCCUUCUCCACGAAAUGGCGGUUUGAGAAACUCCUCGAGGCCCUAGAGGACGGGAAGAUCACCCAGGACCAUAUCGACCGCGCAGUUGAAAAUGUCCUCACUCUUGUAGAGCGUACCAAAGGGAACGACAUGUCGGUCGAGGCCGAAGAGAAAGAAGACAACCGCGAAGAGACGAGAAGUCUCAUCCGGGAGGCUGGUGUACAGGGGCUGACACUUCUCAAAAACGAAGGGGCACUCCUGCCCAUCGAUCCGAGGACCACAAAGGUAGCCAUCAUUGGCCCCAAUGCUAAGAGGGCAAUCGCUGGUGGAGGUGGCAGUGCAAGCCUGAACCCGUACUACAAUACGCUACCCUUUGACAGCAUCCAGAAGGUUGCCCGGCAGCCGGUCACAUAUGCCAUAGGAUGCCACACCCACAAGUGGCUUCCUCUCGCAUCACCUCUGUGCGCCGACAAGACUGGGAAGCAAGGUGUCACGAUUGAGUGGUUCAAGGGCGACAGGUUCGAGGGCGAACCAAUCGUGAUGCAGCGGCGUAUCAACACGGAUCUCUUCCUCUGGGACUCGGCGCCUGUGGCCCAGGUUGGCCCCGAAUGGUCGGCAGUCGUGACGGCGAACUUGACCCCGACAAGCACCGGGACACAUACCAUUUCUUUCAUGUCUGUGGGUCCAGGCAGACUCCUGGUCGAUGGCAAGCCGACCCUAGAUCUCUGGGACUGGACAGAGGAAGGCGAGGCAAUGUUCGACGGCUCAGCCGACUAUCUGGUCAACGUUGAAAUGGAAGCCGGCAAACCUGUCGAGCUGCGCAUUGAGAUGACAAAUGAGCUGCGGCCGUUCUUCAAGCAGAAAGAAAUCGGUAUCACCCACAAGUACGGCGGCUGUAGAAUCGGCUUCAAGGAAGAGGACCAGAUCGACUACCUCCAAGAAGCCGUGGACGCCGCGAAGGCGGCAGAUGUGGCCGUCGUGAUUGUUGGCCUGGAUGCCGAGUGGGAAUCGGAGGGAUAUGACCGCCAAACCAUGGACCUCCCGUCGGACGGCAGUCAGGACCGCCUGGUGGAGGCCGUCAUCAAGGCUAACCCGAGGACUGUUGUCGUCAACCAGUCUGGCUCGCCAGUGACUAUGCCCUGGUCUGACAAGGCCCCGGCAAUCAUUCAGGCUUGGUAUCAGGGGCAGGAAGCCGGCAACGCUCUCGCCGACGUUCUCUUCGGUCUAAGGAAUCCUAGCGGCAAAUUGCCGUGCACAUUCCCUAAGCGGCUCGAAGACACCCCGGCAUAUCACAACUGGCCGGGCGAGAACCUGGAGGUGGUUUACGGAGAGGGGCUUUACAUCGGAUACCGGCAUUACGACCGCGUGAAGGUCGAGCCUCUCUUCCCCUUCGGCCACGGCCUGUCGUACACGGCCUUUGAGUACGGACGGCCGUCACUGAGCUCCAAGGUGCUGGCACAGGGUGAAAGCAUCGAGCUCGUUGUCGCCAUCAGCAACGUCGGGGACGUGGCUGGAUUGGAGACUGUGCAGGUAUACGUGCGGGACGAGAGAUGCAGGCUUCCGCGGCCAGAAAAGGAGCUGGUGGCGUUUGAGAAGGCUGCUCUCGAGCCCGGCGAGACUAAGCAUCUACGGAUACAGCUCGACAAGUACGCCGUCGGGUACUACGACACGUCGAUCCAGAGAUGGAUUGCCGAAGAGGGCACCUUCAAGGUGUUGGUUGGCGCAUCGGCUGCAGACAUCAAAUACUCUGUUUCGUUUGACGUCAAGGAGUCUUUUACUUGGGUCUUUUAA